AUGUGGCUUGUCAUAUUCGCUUGUCUGUUAACAACCGUUGUCGGAGAUAUUAGCGGAGUUGUCAGCGCUGGGGAUCUGGAUAAACCCAGAUGUAGUGAGGCGGAGAGGAUGAACGUGGUGUCCAAAUUGGUGGAGAUGGCGGGGUACAAGGAUGUUGAGAAUAUAAAGGCGAUCUAUGAAGAGGAGGAGAAAAAUGUGAGUUAUUAGCCCACAAUAAAGAACUGGCUUCAUAUAGAUCAGAAAUUUGGCCAAGAAAUAUAAGAUAAGAGCAGACAAGGAGAUCGAUGAAAUUAACGCCGCGCUCUGUCGUGUGGCCGCUAAGCCCACUUCAAUGCAGAUUUAUAACGUUGCAAACAACAUUCGGACCCUCCGCUAUAACGUCUUGAAAAAAGUUCCUCCAGCCGAACUCAUUUCGUUGGAUCAAGCAAUCUUCAUGUUAUUCUCGUUGUAUGAUGUAAGUCAGGUUCUAAAAUUCUUUUUUAGUGUCAUUCAUAAAAAAGGUCAUAACUUCUAAUCAAAAAAUUUCAGAACCCAAACAACUAUCUUUUCAAACAUGCCGCGUAUCUGCUCAGGCUAAACGACACUGUAAUCCGACACGGAAUUGUAUAUCUUUUGGAGGCAGGGAAGACGCUCAAAGUUAACCCAAUUGAGAAUAUAGAACUGUUUUUGAACGCCCUCAGAAUAGAAGGAGCGAAUAAGCAGGCCGUAAUAAAUGGGGAAGUGGUCGAGACAGUGGCUGUGUACAAUGCCUUGGUUACUGACCUUUCUAAAACAAAGGAAUCAAAGAAAUUGGUUAAGAAGUUCGAAGACGCAUUCAUAGGCGCGGACUGGAAAGCAAUUGGUCCACCAACAAUCCCAGAAUAA